UUGAUAUUGUCUAAAUGAAAGGAAGUGUGAAUCACUAACCUCCCUCAAUUAUGGCACUAUAUGCUAAGAAAUUCAUGAUAAUCUUAAAAAAUAAAAACAAAAAAAAACCUGACAUGUCUUUUUCUGCUGUGGGUUCGUUCAUUCAUGCACCCUAUAAAACUAUAAGAACCACAUGAACAUGCUAUGAUAAACAAGCUCUUAAGACUCUUCACCACUGAAAGUUUGUGUGGUUUACUAAUUUUAAGCUGUACUUCCAAAGUUACAGUAAUUUGUUUUUUCUUCAGCUUUUCGGGCCACCGUUCAAUAAUUCAUUUGCCCAUUCAUAUGUUUGCUGUCUUUACUGCAACUGAAUCCAGGACAAAGUUGCUUUCCUGCUGUAUUAUUUAACUCUCUUUGAUUCUCUCUCUCUUGCUCCCACAUUCUCUAUUGGUUCAUAUAUUCUCUCAUUUCUCAUAACCCAGUAGCAGUAUCUUUUGAGUUUCAGCAGUGUUCUUUGAAGCUUAAGCUCUGCAAGUGUGAUAUCAUGGUUUUGGUUGGAGAUUAUGACAAACAUGGUGACGAUAGUGAAGCUGUAGUAGACUAUAAUGGAAAUCCAGCAGACAAGACUCGUACUGGAGGGUGGCUUGCUGCUGGCCUCAUUUUAGGGACUGAAUUUGCUGAGAGAGUAUGUGUUAUGGGGAUUUCGAUGAAUUUGGUCACGUACUUGGUUGGAUCUCUGCAUCUUACAUCAUCAAAAUCUGCUACUAUAGUGACCAACUUCAUGGGAACUCUCAAUCUUCUAGGCUUGUUUGGAGGAUUUGUCGCUGAUGCUAAGCUAGGACGGUACUUGACUGUUGCUAUCUUUGCAUCCAUAGCAGCUGUGGGAGUGUCACUCUUAACAUUGGCAACCUCACUUCCAAGCAUGAGACCCCCUCCAUGCAGCAACAUAGGGGCACCAGAUAGCGACUGCAUUCAAGCCAAUGGCAAGCAAUUAGCCAUGCUCUAUGCCGCUCUUUACAUCCUCGCCCUAGGUGGAGGGGGCAUAAAGUCCAAUGUCUCAGGCUUUGGUACUGACCAAUUUGAUCCAUCAGACCCAAAAGAAGAAAAGGCCAUGAUAUUCUUCUUCAACAGGUUCUACUUCUGCAUCAGCAUAGGCUCGCUGUUUGCUGUUACUGUCCUUGUUUAUGUUCAAGAUGAUGUAGGAAGAGGGUGGGGUUAUGGCAUUUCAGCUGCAACCAUGAUGGUUGGGGUCCUUGUUUUACUGGCUGGAACACGGUUGUAUCGGUACAAGUCUCCUCAGGGAAGUCCCCUGACAGUUGUUUGGAGGGUGCUUUUCCUGGCCUUUAAGAAGAGGAAGCUUCCUCAUCCUUCUCAUCCCAGCUUUCUGAAUGGGUUUCAGACUGCCAAGAUCCCUUACAGUCCUUUGUUCAGAUGUCUUGACAAAGCGGCCAUCAUAGACGAUUUUGCUGCAAAGGACGAAAACAGGUACAAUCCAUGGAUAGUCUCAACAAUGACAGAAGUUGAAGAGGUGAAAUUGGUGCUUAAAUUGUUCCCCAUUUGGUCUACCUGUAUCCUCUUCUGGACAGUCUAUUCUCAGAUGACUACAUUCACCAUUGAACAAGCAACUUUCAUGGACCGAAAAGUAGGAUCCUUUGACGUUCCUGCUGGCUCGUUCUCUGUAUUCCUCUUCAUUUCAAUCCUCCUCUUUACCUCCUUGAACGAAAGGGUAUUCGUCCCCAUUGCCAGGAGACUCACACACAAUUCUCAAGGCCUCACGAGCCUUCAAAGGGUCGGGAUUGGUCUUGUGUCUGCUAUGUUAGCGAUGAUUGCUGCUGCCAUUGUUGAGAUACACAGGAAACAGAGAGCACAUCAUGGAAUUAAAAUCAGCGCGUUCUGGCUUGUCCCUCAGUACUUAUUUGUUGGUGCAGGGGAGGGAUUCGCUUAUGUUGGCCAGCUCGAGUUCUUCAUUAGGGAGGCCCCUGAAAAGAUGAAAUCUAUGAGCACUGGGUUCUUCCUGAGUACUCUUGCAAUGGGAUUUUUUGUGAGCAGCUUGCUAGUUUCGAUAGUAGAUGAAACAUCACAUGAUAAAUGGUUGAAGAGUAACUUGAAUAAGGGGAGGUUGAAUGAUUUCUAUUGGCUGCUCGCCGGGUUGGUGGCAAUAGACUUCGUUAUUUUUCUAAUUUUCGCCAUGAAACAUCAGUACAAAGUAAAGCAACACUUAGAAGUGUUAAAAAGUGAUGAGAAGGAACUCGAGAGUUGGGAGAAAGGUAAUGGAGUUGCUUAGUGUAAGGAUGCAUGAAAGAAAAUGUUCAUGUACAAUUGAUUAGGGGAGUGUUUCAUCCGAACUAUGUAAAUCAUGUAGAGCUCGGAGCUCGAUCCAAUAGUUUCAAUAACCUCAAGGUACAAACCUUAAGAGGUUAAUUAUUGUUAGGAAUUGUAGUGUGCUUUAGUUAGAGUAGUUUAUGUCUUGCACUAAGAUUGUCGUUGAUUCUCUACAAUGUGUAAAUUGCAAAUUCUCCAUCUCUAUAAAGAGUUGAAUAUGUAGCAAUGGUUUUUCUUUGA